GCCGACCUUGCAGUUCACCACGCAUGCGCGUUAAUCACUCCGCUGACGAAGAGGGAGACAUGGCGACGUCCCUGAUCUGCAGCCGUUUGACGGCUAGCCUGAGGAAUUCAGGGUCUAGAAACACUAUCAGCUCCGCUUCCAAGGUCCUUGGAGGCUCCCCGGGGUUGUUCGGAGGCCAUGUGUCCCAGCAGCUACAACAGCAGAGGAGCCUCUCCCUGCAUGAGUACAUGAGCAUCGGGCUGCUGAAGGAGGCCGGAAUCGCCGUGCCCGCCGGCAUGGUGGCUAGCUCCUCGGAGGAGGCCUACUCUGUGGCCAAGCAGAUCGGUACGAAGGACUUGGUGGUGAAAGCUCAGGUGCUGGCCGGGGGCCGAGGAAAGGGAACUUUUGAGGGCGGACUAAAGGGAGGAGUGAGGAUCGUCUACUCGCCAGAGGAGGCCCGGGACAUUUCCUCCCAGAUGAUUGGUCGAAAGCUGUACACCAAGCAGACCGGGGAGGCAGGUCGCAUCUGCAACCAGGUGUUCAUCUGCGAGCGCAGGUACCCUCGCAGAGAAUACUACUUUGCCAUCACUAUGGAGAGGUCCUACCAGGUGAGGGGACGCACUCACACACCUGAGCUGAAUGAAUGUAACUAA